AUGUCUAAUGGAUUCAUCAAGUUUGACCCGUCCCUGGUUGACGAGAGUAACGGAGGCGUCGUCCUGGUCUUGUGCGUGGUCUUUUCCGUGCUCAUCAGCGUGUCCACGACGUCGCGCAUUGCCAUGAAGCUCCUCGCAACCAAAGCUGGUCUCGGGGCUGCGGAUUACUUUAUCGUCAUUGCCUUUGCCUUCAACCUGACCGCCAACAUGCUCGAGAUCCAGUCCGUCCAGUCCGGCUUCGGCCGCCACCUCCAGUUCCUCACCCACGAGCAGGUGCUCACCGUCCGGCGCUUCAGCCAGUACAACAUCCUGUUCGCCAACAUCUCCCUCUGGGCCGUCAAGAUCUCCGUCUGCUUCUUCAUCCUAGCCCUGAUCCAGGGCGUCCACCGGCGCACCGCCUGGGUCGUGUACGCCCUCAUCGCAAUCACCACCACCGCGAGCACCUGCCAGGGCAUAUUCUGGGGUCUCCAGGCGAACCCGCUCCGGAAGCUGUGGGAGCCCGACGUCCCCGGCGAGGUGAAGAGCGUCAGGACCCUGGUCACGUCCAUCAUUGCUUUUACCAAGCGCAAUCUUGCCCAAGUCAUCGCCGACCUUCCCGCGACCUUCAAUCUUGUCCGCAGCGUGCGCAAUAAAACGAAUGCCCUCUGGUCGCGGGGCGCUCGCGGCGGCUCUACUACCAAGGCCUCUGACCACACGGGCAGCGUCGACUCGGGGUCGGGCCGCAAGGGCUUCGCGCGGGCAAGUGCGCGGCCUGCCAACGCCAAGCCGGUUUGUAAUGAGGAUGAAAUCCCGCUCAGUGCUGUUCCCGGCCGCGUUCCAAAGGGAAGUCGGGUGGUCCAUAUGGAGACCAGCAUCGAUAUACGGGCACACAUGGUUGAUGCGCACGAGCAGCAGGAAAGCCGUCAGGCGCUGGUUCAUCCAUGGGACAAGGAAGCAACCACUGUGUAG